AUGGCCGUGACGUUGGCAGACGUCGUCUACGGCAUCGAGAAAGUGAGUGAUGUGACGAAGCCUAUCCUCGGCGUGGCGACAGCUACCACUGUGGGUGGUGUCAUCGGUUCUGCCAUGAGUGCUGCCCGCUCCAAGGCUACGUCCACGAAUGUCGAUACGACGGAGAUGGAGACGAUGGAGACGAAGCCAAGCAAGGGCAAGAACGCGGUGACCGACCUUACUUCGUCAACGUUCCAGUUUGGCGAUUUGAAAUUACAAAAUGAGAACACUCUUGUUGUUAUUGGAUUUGCUGGUGGAAGGAAUACGAAGUCGACGCUGCGGACGGUAAAAGAGGCUUCAUUUGAAUGGAAAUGGCUGUCGGAAUUUGUGACUUUUUGUGAGAAGCGGGGUACGGAUGUUUCAAGGCUUGCUCCAGGUGAGGUGCGUGACCUUUCUCGGGACUUCUGUACAAAUAACUUCCCGAGCUUCAGCGAAAGUCUAUAUGAAGAUGGAUCACUGAAUGAGAAACAAGCGGUGUGGAAUGUAGCACAUACUUUAUCUGCCCAUUUUCCGGAGCUCGCUGUCCAUCAAUUUGGCGCUCAGUUUGGACAGCACCAGCGCGUCUUGGUAAUUAAUGAGUUGUCUUGUGAGGAUAAGAAAGCACCUGAAGCAGCAAGUGCGAAAGUCUUGAUGUCAAUGCUAAAGGAAUGGCCUACACUUUCAGGCGGCUUUGAGAAUGUGCUGGUUACGGAAGACGGUGAGGCAGUAUUCUACGGCUCGGCGAAGUCUCUCAUCUCAUUAUACAAAAAGUUCGGUUUCGCCCAGCAACACGAUACCAAUACCGCUGAAUACUUGCUUGGCCUCAGUACUAACGGUAACGAUAAUGCUCAGUACCAUGUUACUGUUAUCGAUCACGCAAACACAGAAGAAGAAAACCGCCGUACCCGAAUCUUGUCCACGUUUGGAAGCUUCCCGGACGAUACCGUACUCAUCAGUGGAACAACGAUAGACGUCAAAGCAGUAAAGAUUGAUGACAAACAAGUCGACAUGCUAAAGUCUUCACAACAAAUACGUGCUAAAAAUGCGACUACGAGCUCAAUUGGAAGCCCGAAGACGGCAACAUCUGUCGUGCGCCGCGAAGAGAAUUCUACUGAACCUGCAGUCACCGGCAAUACAGCGAUGAGUAGUCUCUACGCGCGCUAUACACGCGAGAGCAAUAGUAUCGAUUCGAUGACGUUCUCUGCCGACAUAGAUGCGGCUGCGCAGGAGAUCCAUCGCGUGUGCACUGGUGCGACUUCGGACGAGACUGCUUUGGCAUCUCUGCUGCUGUCGAAGACUGCGGAGCAGCGCUACCUGAUCUGGUGGCGUUAUCGCAUCCUGUACAAGCAGAGCUUGACGGUGUGGGUAAAGAGCACGAGCGACUACGGCAUACUGCUGAAGAUGCUCGCGAGUCCCUUGGAGCACGUGGAAGCUGAGAUCCUGUACAAGGCAAUGAAGGGAAUGGGCACAACGGAGGAGUGGAUCUACCCGGUUGUGAUGGCUCGUUCGAAUACUGAGAUUACGCUGCUGAAGAAGACAUUCCAGGAAAAGUACGGUGGCGAUCUGGUGAAGGCUUUAAGCGGCGAACUGAGCGGUGACCUGAAGAAGGUGAUCCUGACCGCUAUGCGUGGCGAGGUGGCCGACUUCAACGCGUCUGUCCAUACAAGCGUGAAGGCUAGUACGGACGCAGAUGCCUUGUACAAGGCUGGCAAAGGGCGCGUGAGAAAGGAUGAGACGACAUUCAUCAAUAUCCUGGUGCUGAGCCCUGCGGAGCACGUGCGCAGCAUUAACAGUGCAUAUGAGGCAAAGUACAAGACGAACCUUAUGGGUGCGAUCGAGGCGGAGUUCUCUGGCGAUGCGAAGCGUGCGAUGCUGUUCCUGGUGCGGUCGGUACUGGAGCCGGUAGACCUGCUUGCGGAUCUGUUCGAGGCGACGCUGCAGGGUGGUGGUAAGAACGCGUAUGGCUUGAGUGCGUGGGUAGUGCGGUACUACCGUCUCCUCGUGCGCAUUCGUAUCGUGUACAUGCGCUUGUACCACCAGGAACUACGCACGCGCAUCCAAGGCGUGAUGAGUGGCGAGUACUGCCAGUUGCUUUUGUCGGUGCUUGAUGCGGCUGAGGUGGAGGUUGGUGCAUCUGUGUCAGGAUCUGCUUCGACAGGUGCUGAUGUGAGCAACUCGAGCGCUAAUGUGAGUGGCUCCUCGAGCGUUGCUGUGACCGGUGAUGUCGUUGAUACAAGCUCGUCAGUGGAGGAGAAGACAAACAUUUCGUCAAGCGCUACUGUGAGUGCGAGUGUGACUGAGAGCGAAAUUGGUGGCUCGAAGACGGCAACAUCUGUCGUGAGCGGCGAAGAGAACUCUACUGAACUGGCAGUCACCGGCAAUACAGCGAUGAGUAGUCUCUACGCGCGCUAUGCACGCGAGAGCAAUAGUAUCGAUUCGAUGACGUUCUCUGCCGACAUCGAUGCGGCUGCGCAGGAGAUCCAUCGCGUGUGCACUGGUGCGACUUCGGACGAGGCUGCUCUGGCAUCUCUGCUGCUGUCGAAGACUGCGGAGCAGCGCUACCUGAUCUGGUGGCGUUAUCGCAUCCUGUACAAGCAGAGCUUGACGGUGUGGGUAAAGAGCACGAGCGACUACGGCAUACUGCUGAAGAUGCUCGCGAGUCCCUUGGAGCACGUGGAAGCUGAGAUCCUGUACAAGGCGAUGAAGGGAAUGGGCACAACGGAGGAGUGGAUCUACCCGGUUGUGAUGGCUCGCUCGAAUACUGAGAUUACGCUGCUGAAGAAGACAUUCCAGGAAAAGUACGGUGGCGAUCUGGUGAAGGCUUUAAGCGGCGAACUGAGCGGUGACCUGAAGAAGGUGAUCCUGACCGCUAUGCGUGGCGAGGUGGCCGACUUCAACGCGUCUGUCCAUACAAGCGUGAAGGCUAGUACGGACGCAGAUGCCUUGUACAAGGCUGGCAAAGGGCGCGUGAGAAAGGAUGAGACGACAUUCAUCAAUAUCCUGGUGCUGAGCCCUGCGGAGCACGUGCGCAGCAUUAACAGUGCAUAUGAGGCAAAGUACAAGACGAACCUUAUGGGUGCGAUCGAGGCGGAGUUCUCUGGCGAUGCGAAGCGUGCGAUGCUGUUCCUGGUGCGGUCGGUACUGGAGCCGGUAGACCUGCUUGCGGAUCUGUUCGAGGCGACGCUGCAGGGUGGUGGUAAGAACGCGUAUGGCUUGAGUGCGUGGGUAGUGCGGUACUACCGUCUCCUCGUGCGCAUUCGUAUCGAGUACAUGCGCUUGUACCACCAGGAACUACGCACGCGCAUCCAAGGCGUGAUGAGUGGCGAGUACUGCCAGUUGCUUUUGUCGGUGCUUGAUGCGGCUGAGGUGGAGGUUGGUGCAUCUGUGUCAGGAUCUGCUUCGACAGGUGCUGAUGUGAGCAACUCGAGCGCUAAUGUGAGUGGCUCCUCGAGCGUUGCUGUGACCGGUGAUGUCGUUGAUACAAGCUCGUCAGUGGAGGAGAAGACAAACAUUUCGUCAAGCGCUACUGUGAGUGCGAGUGUGACUGAGAGCGAAAUUGGUGGCUCGAAGACGGCAACAUCUGUCGUGAGCGGCGAAGAGAACUCUACUGAACUGGCAGUCACCGGCAAUACAGCGAUGAGUAGUCUCUACGCGCGCUAUGCACGCGAGAGCAAUAGUAUCGAUUCGAUGACGUUCUCUGCCGACAUCGAUGCGGCUGCGCAGGAGAUCCAUCGCGUGUGCACUGGUGCGACUUCGGACGAGGCUGCUCUGGCAUCUCUGCUUCUGUCGAAGACUGCGGAGCAGCGCUACCUGAUCUGGUGGCGUUAUCGCAUCCUGUACAAGCAGAGCUUGACGGUGUGGGUAAAGAGCACGAGCGACUACGGCAUACUGCUGAAGAUGCUCGCGAGUCCCUUGGAGCACGUGGAAGCUGAGAUCCUGUACAAGGCGAUGAAGGGAAUGGGCACAACGGAGGAGUGGAUCUACCCGGUUGUGAUGGCUCGCUCGAAUACUGAGAUUACGCUGCUGAAGAAGACAUUCCAGGAAAAGUACGGUGGCGAUCUGGUGAAGGCUUUAAGCGGCGAACUGAGCGGUGACCUGAAGAAGGUGAUCCUGACCGCUAUGCGUGGCGAGGUGGCCGACUUCAACGCGUCUGUCCAUACAAGCGUGAAGGCUAGUACGGACGCAGAUGCCUUGUACAAGGCUGGCAAAGGGCGCGUGAGAAAGGAUGAGACGACAUUCAUCAAUAUCCUGGUGCUGAGCCCUGCGGAGCACGUGCGCAGCAUUAACAGUGCAUAUGAGGCAAAGUACAAGACGAACCUUAUGGGUGCGAUCGAGGCGGAGUUCUCUGGCGAUGCGAAGCGUGCGAUGCUGUUCCUGGUGCGGUCGGUACUGGAGCCGGUAGACCUGCUUGCGGAUCUAUUCGAGGCGACGCUGCAGGGUGGUGGUAAGAACGCGUAUGGCUUGAGUGCGUGGGUAGUGCGGUACUACCGUCUCCUCGUGCGCAUUCGUAUCGAGUACAUGCGCUUGUACCACCAGGAACUACGCACGCGCAUCCAAGGCGUGAUGAGUGGCGAGUACUGCCAGUUGCUUUUGUCGGUGCUUGAUGCGGCUGAGGUGGAGGUUGGUGCAUCUGUGUCAGGAUCUGCUUCGACAGGUGCUGAUGUGAGCAACUCGAGCGCUAAUCUCGUCAGUGGAGGAGAAGACAAACAUUUCGUCAAGCGCUACUGUGAGUGGAGUGUGACUGAGAGCGAAAUUGGUGGCUCGAAGACGGCAACAUCUGUCGUGAGCGGCGAAGAGAACUCUACUGAACUGGCAGUCACCGGCAAUACAGCGAUGAGUAGUCUCUACGCGCGCUAUGCACGCGAGAGCAAUAGUAUCGAUUCGAUGACGUUCUCUGCCGACAUCGAUGCGGCUGCGCAGGAGAUUCAUCGCGUGUGCACUGGUGCGACUUCGGACGAGGCUGCUCUGGCAUCUCUGCUUCUGUCGAAGACUGCGGAGCAGCGCUACCUGAUCUGGUGGCGUUAUCGCAUCCUGUACAAGCAGAGCUUGACGGUGUGGGUAAAGAGCACGAGCGACUACGGCAUACUGCUGAAGAUGCUCGCGAGUCCCUUGGAGCACGUGGAAGCUGAGAUCCUGUACAAGGCGAUGAAGGGAAUGGGCACAACGGAGGAGUGGAUCUACCCGGUUGUGAUGGCUCGCUCGAAUACUGAGAUUACGCUGCUGAAGAAGACAUUCCAGGAAAAGUACGGUGGCGAUCUGGUGAAGGCUUUAAGCGGCGAACUGAGCGGUGACCUGAAGAAGGUGAUCCUGACCGCUAUGCGUGGCGAGGUGGCCGACUUCAACGCGUCUGUCCAUACAAGCGUGAAGGCUAGUACGGACGCAGAUGCCUUGUACAAGGCUGGCAAAGGGCGCGUGAGAAAGGAUGAGACGACAAUCAUCAAUAUCCUGGUGCUGAGCCCUGCGGAGCACGUGCGCAGCAUUAACAGCGCAUAUGAGGCAAAGUACAAGACGAACCUCAUGGAUGCGAUCGAGGCGGAGUUCUCUGGCGAUGCGAAGCGUGCGAUGCUGUUCCUGGUGCGGUCGGUACUGGAGCCGGUAGACCUGCUUGCGGAUCUAUUCGAGGCGACGCUGCAGGGUGGUGGUAAGAACGCGUAUGGCUUGAGUGCGUGGGUAGUGCGGUACUACCGUCUCCUCGUGCGCAUUCGUAUCGAGUACAUGCGCUUGUACCACCAGGAACUACGCACGCGCAUCCAAGGCGUGAUGAGUGGCGAGUACUGCCAGUUGCUUUUGUCGGUGCUUGAUGCGGCUGAGGUGGAGGUUGGUGCAUCUGUGUCAGGAUCUGCUUCGACAGGUGCUGAUGUGAGCAACUCGAGCACUAAUGUGAGUGGCUCCUCGAGCGUUGCUGUGACCGGUGAUGUCGUUGAUACAAGCUCGUCAGUGGAGGAGAAGACAAACAUUUCGUCAAGCGCUACUGUGAGUGCGAGUGUGACUGAGAGCGAAAUUGGUGGCUCGAAGACGGCAACAUCUGUCGUGAGCGGCGAAGAGAACUCUACUGAACUGGCAGUCACCGGCAAUACAGCGAUGAGUAGUCUCUACGCGCGCUAUGCACGCGAGAGCAGUAGUAUCGAUUCGAUGAAGUUCUCUGCCGACAUCGAUGCGGCUGCGCAGGAGAUUCAUCGCGUGUGCACUGGUGCGACUUCGGACGAGGCUGCUCUGGCAUCUCUGCUUCUGUCGAAGACUGCGGAGCAGCGCUACCUGAUCUGGUGGCGUUAUCGCAUCCUGUACAAGCAGAGCUUGACGGUGUGGGUAAAGAGCACGAGCGACUACGGCAUACUGCUGAAGAUGCUCGCGAGUCCCUUGGAGCACGUGGAAGCUGAGAUCCUGUACAAGGCGAUGAAGGGAAUGGGCACAACGGAGGAGUGGAUCUACCCGGUUGUGAUGGCUCGCUCGAAUACUGAGAUUACGCUGCUGAAGAAGACAUUCCAGGAAAAGUACGGUGGCGAUCUGGUGAAGGCCUUGAGCGGCGAACUGAGCGGUGACCUGAAGAAGGUGAUCCUGACCGCUAUGCGUGGCGAGGUGGCCGACUUCAACGCGUCUGUCCAUACAAGCGUGAAGGCUAGUACGGACGCAGAUGCCUUGUACAAGGCUGGCAAAGGGCGCGUGAGAAAGGAUGAGACGACAAUCAUCAAUAUCCUGGUGCUGAGCCCUGCGGAGCACGUGCGCAGCAUUAACAGCGCAUAUGAGGCAAAGUACAAGACGAACCUCAUGGAUGCGAUCGAGGCGGAGUUUUCUGGCGAUGCGAAGCGUGCGAUGCUGUUCCUGGUGCGGUCAGUACUGGAGCCGGUAAACCUGCUUGCGGAUCUAUUCGAGGCGACGCUGCAGGGUGGUGGUAACGCGUAUGGCUUGAGUGCGUGGGUAGUGCGGUACUACCGUCUCCUCGUGCGCAUUUGUAUCGUGUACAUGCGCUUGUACCACCAGGAACUACGCACGCGCAUCCAAGGCGUGAUGAGUGGCGAGUACUGCCAGUUGCUUUUGUCGGUGCUUGAUGCGGCUGAGGUGGAGGUUGGUGCAUCUGUGUCAGGAUCUGCUUCGACAGGUGCUGAUGUGAGCAACUCGAGCACUAAUGUGAGUGGCUCCUCGAGCGUUGCUGUGACCGGUGAUGUCGUUGAUACAAGCUCGUCAGUGGAGGAGAAGACAAACAUUUCGUCAAGCGCUACUGUGAGUGCGAGUGUGACUGAGAGCGAAAUUGGUGGCUCGAAGACGGCAACAUCUGUCGUGAGCGGCGAAGAGAACUCUACUGAACUGGCAGUCACCGGCAAUACAGCGAUGAGUAGUCUCUACGCGCGCUAUGCACGCGAGAGCAGUAGUAUCGAUUCGAUGAAGUUCUCUGCCGACAUCGAUGCGGCUGCGCAGGAGAUUCAUCGCGUGUGCACUGGUGCGACUUCGGACGAGGCUGCUCUGGCAUCUCUGCUUCUGUCGAAGACUGCGGAGCAGCGCUACCUGAUCUGGUGGCGUUAUCGCAUCCUGUACAAGCAGAGCUUGACGGUGUGGGUAAAGAGCACGAGCGACUACGGCAUACUGCUGAAGAUGCUCGCGAGUCCCUUGGAGCACGUGGAAGCUGAGAUCCUGUACAAGGCGAUGAAGGGAAUGGGCACAACGGAGGAGUGGAUCUACCCGGUUGUGAUGGCUCGCUCGAAUACUGAGAUUACGCUGCUGAAGAAGACAUUCCAGGAAAAGUACGGUGGCGAUCUGGUGAAGGCCUUGAGCGGCGAACUGAGCGGUGACCUGAAGAAGGUGAUCCUGACCGCUAUGCGUGGCGAGGUGGCCGACUUCAACGCGUCUGUCCAUACAAGCGUGAAGGCUAGUACGGACGCAGAUGCCUUGUACAAGGCUGGCAAAGGGCGCGUGAGAAAGGAUGAGACGACAAUCAUCAAUAUCCUGGUGCUGAGCCCUGCGGAGCACGUGCGCAGCAUUAACAGUGCAUAUGAGGCAAAGUACAAGACGAACCUUAUGGGUGCGAUCGAGGCGGAGUUCUCUGGCGAUGCGAAGCGUGCGAUGCUGUUCCUGGUGCGGUCGGUACUGGAGCCGGUAGACCUGCUUGCGGAUCUGUUCGAGGCGACGCUGCAGGGUGGUGGUAAGAACGCGUAUGGCUUGAGUGCGUGGGUAGUGCGGUACUACCGUCUCCUCGUGCGCAUUUGUAUCGUGUACAUGCGCUUGUACCACCAGGAACUACGCACGCGCAUCCAAGGCGUGAUGAGAGGCGAGUACUGCCAGUUGCUUUUGUCGGUGCUUGAUGCGGCUGAGGUGGAGGUUGGUGCAUCUGUGUCAGGAUCUGCUUCGACAGGUGUUGAUGUGAGCAACUCGAGCACUAAUGUGAGUGGCUCCUCGAGCGUUGCUGUAAGAAGUGAUGUCGUUGAUACAAGCUCGUCAGUGGAGGAGAAGACAAACAUUUCGUCAAGCGCUACUGUGAGUGCAAGUGUGACUGAGAGCGAAAUUGGUCGCUCAAAGACGGCAACAUCUGUCGUGAGCGGCGAAGAGAACUCUACUGAACUGGCAGUCACCGGCAAUACAGCGAUGAGUAGUCUCUACGCGCGCUAUGCACGCGAGAGCAAUAGUAUCGAUUCGAUGACGUUCUCUGCCGACAUCGAUGCGGCUGCGCAGGAGAUUCAUCGCGUGUGCACUGGUGCGACUUCGGACGAGGCUGCUCUGGCAUCUCUGCUUCUGUCGAAGACUGCGGAGCAGCGCUACCUGAUCUGGUGGCGUUAUCGCAUCCUGUACAAGCAGAGCUUGACGGUGUGGGUAAAGAGCACGAGCGACUACGGCAUACUGCUGAAGAUGCUCGCGAGUCCCUUGGAGCACGUGGAAGCUGAGAUCCUGUACAAGGCGAUGAAGGGAAUGGGCACAACGGAGGAGUGGAUCUACCCGGUCGUGAUGGCUCGCUCGAAUACUGAGAUUACGCUGCUGAAGAAGACAUAUCAAGAUUGCUAUGGUGUUGAUCUUGUGAGCAUUCUACGAGGUAAAUUGCGAGGUGACUUUAUGGAGAUAGUUAUGGCUGCCGUGCAGGGUAGCUUGGCAAGCUUUGAUCCUGCGGUGCACACUGGUGCAAAGGUGGCUGCCGACGCUGAAGCUCUUUUCAAGGCUGGCGAUGGAAAAUGGGGCACUAACAAAGAGGCCUUUAUCCAAAUUAUUAUUUCGAGUCCCGCUGAGCACCUCCGUGCUAUUGACACCGCUUACUCGCAAAAGUACAAGAAGGGUAGCAUUACCAAGGCGAUCCAGGCAGUGUUCAAAAAGGAAGCCCAGAAGGCGCUUCUGUUCCAUGUGCGAGCAGUGCUUGAGCCGUUUGAGCUCGUGGCGGAACUGUUCGAAAGCACGAUGCAAGGUCUAGGCACGGACGAGUAUGGUCUCAGCGCGGCAGUUGUGCGGUAUUAUUCAAUGCUGCCACAGAUAAAGACUGCGUACAAGAAGGUGUAUGGGAAAGAGCUCAGCAAGCGCAUCCGUGAUGAUACUAGUGGCAAGUAUCGUGAUCUGCUGCUGGCAAUCGUGGAUGCCAAGUGA